AAUGAUGGAUUCAAAAAAGACCAAUAUCAUAUUAAAAUAACGAAAAAGCAUGAAAACAAAAAGUCACGUGACCCUAGCUGUCCAAUAAUAUUCGCUUAUUUUGAAAGCAUCUUAUAAAUAAAUUUCAUUCGCUUGGGGCACUGAUAGCUGAAUAAGUGAAGGAAGGCAAAGGUGUUCUGAUGUAUCCGUGAAAAAUUAUGGACACGAAGAGCCAUCCAACACUUAAACAGUAUCAGGAGCGAUCCCGAGUGAGCAUCUAAUGAUUCAAUUUGACUGGAUUUUAGCAGUUAGAGAGUCUCUCAGAUUGCAGAGAGAUAACUGCAGAAUCUAAAACGCAGCAUGAUGAAAAGAUAACCAUAUGCGGACAGUUUUGAUUCAGCUGAAUCCAUGACUAGUCCAGUACCACACGAUUCCACUAGUGAGUACAGCAACAUGAGUGAACCAGGAAAGUUGGAAAUUGAUACUGGUGGAAACCUAACCAACAGUCUUGACCUAAAGGCAGGAGGAGACCAUGAAUCUGAACAUCAGAACCAUGUAGGCACACCAAAGAGUUCGACCAAGAGGGGUCGACUUACCAACCAGUUGCAGUACCUCCACAAGGUGGUUCUGAUGAAAGGUGUCUGGAAACACCAGUUUGCUUGGCCGUUCCAUCAACCUGUGGACCCUGUAAAGCUCCACUUACCAGACUACUUUGACAUCAUAAAGCAGCCAAUGGAUCUAGGCACAAUCAGGAAACGGCUAGAAACACAGUAUUAUCAUUCCGCCACAGAGUGUAUCCAGGACUUCAAUCAGAUGUUCUCAAAUUGCUACAUAUACAACAAACCUGGGGAAGACAUUGUUCACAUGGCACAGGCACUGGAGAAACUCUUCUUGUCCAAAGUUGCUCAAAUGCCUGCCAAUGUGAGUGACGCAGCUGAAGAAGAACUAGCUCCAUCCAGCAAGAAACUUUUAAAGAAGAAAAAUCCAUCUGUCUCACUACGCCCCCAUCCACCCUUAGUAAACAACACAGAGUCGUCACUUGUAACAACAACAACGCAAGUAGCCUCUAAAGAUGUGCCGUCCCUAUCGUCCAGCUCUGCUGCCACUGAGACUGUGAAUUCCUCUGCCCCUGGUGCCAGUUCAGCUGUGAAGUCAGAACCGGUGAAUUAUUCUCGCAGUGAAUCUACAGUACUUCCUCCUUCCCAACCUACAAAGAAUUAUGUUUUCCAGACCAAAAAGGGAGUAAAGCGAAAAGCCGACACUACCACGCCAAUUCCUCCUAUGGGUGAUCCUUAUGAACCUGAUUUUGACGAUGGAAUUAAAGAAGAAAAGUUACAAAAAAUAAGUGGGAGUGGUUCUGCUAAAAAAUUACUUGUUUCAAAUGUGAAAAUGACUCCAAACAAAGUUGUUACCCCUGGAGGCUCAAGCAACUUGGCAACAUCAACGCCAUUGGGUGGUGUGUCGGCUGGGAAGAUUACUCCUGCUAGACGGGAAAGUAAUCGUCAAAUCAAGAAACCUAAAAGGGAUCUGCCAGAGGGAGAUGCUGAAUCUGUAAGCACUCUGUCCGAUUCCUUGAACAGCAGUGUCAGGAAGGGAAAGUUGUCUGAACAGCUGAGAUUCUGCCAUAACUUAAUCAAAGAAUUCUUCACAAAGAAACAUGCUGCGUACGCAUGGCCAUUCUACAAACCAGUGGAUGCAGCGCUUCUUGGCUUACAUGACUAUCAUGAUAUUAUCAAGAAGCCUAUGGACUUUGGUACAAUAAAGGUGAAGCUCGAAAACCGGCAGUAUGGUUCAGCCCAGGAGUUUGCUGAGGAUGUGCGGUUAAUAUUUACAAACUGUUACAAAUAUAAUCCUGCUGAUAGUGACGUUGUUGCAAUGGCUAAAAAACUGCAGGAUGUGUUUGAAAUAAGGUUUUUACGUCUGCCUGAUGAACAUUCAUUUGACAAUUUAGAUAGGACAAGUUUUAAGGACGAUUCUGAUAAUUCUCUUAGUGGUUCCGAGUCUGAAAGUGGAAAUGAAAGUGAAGAAGAGCGGGAAAGGAAAUUAAAAGAGUUGCAAGAUCAGGUAAAAGAACUGCAAGACCAGUUAACACGUUUAACACAAGAACAUUUGAACAAAUUGAAAGAAAAGUCUGAACGUAAAAAGAAACGAAAUAAAAAUCGUGAACGUGACAAAGAGCGACCUGACAAAGUAGUUUCUGUGCCAACUGCGUCAGUUAUACCAGUCUCUGUAGCAACUACGACACCAGACUUUAACAGUGCGAAAAAAUUAAAUAAAUCCAAAACAAACAAAGUAAAUAAAACGCCUAGUGACGUUCAAAGGAAACGCAAAAACAGCAAGGGUAGUGGUAGUAAAAAGACUAAAACGCCACCCUCUGGAUUUCCUGUGUCAUUUGAUAGUGAUGAUGAAGAUAAUGCGAAACCAAUGACUUAUGAUGAGAAACGCCAGCUGAGCUUGGAUAUUAACAAAUUACCAGGUGAUAAGCUUGGUCGAGUCGUGCAUAUAAUACAGUCCAGAGAGCCAACCUUGAGAGAUUCCAAUCCGGAUGAAAUCGAGAUUGACUUCGAAAAACUCAAACCCUCAACAUUGCGGGAGCUGGAGGCUUAUGUUAUGGCUUGUUUAAAGAAGAAACCUCGCAGUUACACCAAGCGCACUCCAGGCAAGUCAAAGCAGCAGGUGCAGCUGGAGAAGAGGCAGGAGCUUGAGAAGCGAUUGCAGGACGUAAACGGUCAGCUUGGAGGGGGCUCAUCUGCAAAGAAACCUUCCAAGAAAGAUGGUAAGGAGGGAGAUGCGGGUGCCAGUCGACUGUCUUCAAGCAGCAGUAGUGGCUCUGACAGUGAUUCCUCUUCCAACUCCAGCUCAUCCAGUGAAUCUGAUUCCAGUGACAUGUCCGAUUCAGGAUCUCCCAAGAAACAGAAAGCAAAGUUGGGUCCAAAGAAGACAUUUUCUCCCAAUGUGAAGAUGUCUUACGGCAGUCGACCCACACCGGGAGCUCAGAACUCCGCCUCAAUGAUAAAUGUGACAAAGGACUCGCUUCCUGACCGCAAGACUGUCAACAAUCCACCGGCCAAAGUUCCUGCUGUUUCUCAUUCCUCUGGUGCAGGUGUUGCCACCACCAACAGUGUACCAGUCAAGAAGGAUAUAGCAGAUGUUCGUCCAGUGAUGCACUCUCUACCUCAGCAGCCUGACCGGCCUAGCCCUGUGGCCAACCCCAAGCCUCAGAACAGGACCACAGUACCAUUUAACCCGCGGGACAGUAGUUUAGAGGCUAUGUUAACAUUGCCAGCGCCGAUAGUGACCUCCCAGUCCGCAAGGUCGGCAGUGCCCGUGACCUCUGUGCCUGCGCUGGCAGCCCAGGCGCCCUCGGCCUCCCCCGCCCAUCAUUGUGAGCUCCCCUUGAAGGUACACAGCGAGCGAGACUUCAUGCCCGCUGCCCCCACUCACCUCCAUGAAAGACAGACGAAGUGAGGCAGCAGCCAUGUUCAGCAUUGGGGAGGAAGCCUCAAACUCUAGUCCGAAACACUCCACCCCUGCACAACAGCCUGUCAAGCCUCCCCCUCCUGGUGCUACUCAUUUGGCCAGUGGUGUAGGCGUACUGUUGCCCAGUGGUGGCACCCCUCAGUCCGACCACAAGAAGCCUGAACUCAGAAGGCUGCCUCUAACACAGUCAGCAGCAGCAGCAGCAGCAAGGAA